AUGGUGAGAGGCAGAGUUUCUUCUUCUUCUUUUUGUUCUUCUUCUUCUUCUUCUUCUUCUUCUUCUUCUUUGUCGUCGUCGUCGCGUUUCCUUUUCCAACGACCCCGAAAACAACACACUUUGGCUGCUUCAAAGGGGAGGAAGAGGCGAAGGCGGAGGACAUCAUCGCCACCACCGUCGAAAGCGGGAGGCGUUUUUUACGACGACAAAAACGAUUCGAACGACAAAAACAACAAAAACAACACACCACCGAUGCAACAGAAAGUUUUGACGAGAUUUCUCGAGCUUCCAACGGUGCCAAUCGGGCAAUACGUGGCCUCUCCAACCUCGUAUUUACACAAGUUGGAUUCGAGACUGAAACAGGCGUGGUUGGUGGCGUUACUUUUGUGUCCGUCUAUGGCGAACGAACCGGUGGAGAGAGUGUGCGUGUGUCUUUUUCUCGUCUUGGCUUCGGCGACGAGUUUACCGAGGAAAGUGUGGGGGUCACACACGAGGAAUUUAGGCGUGUUAGCGCUGGCUUUGUUCGUGUUUGCGGCGAUCGGGAGCGACGGGGUGCCGCUCUUGACGCAACCGAGAGAACCGGCGGCAGCGUUGGAAGGGUUGGAGAACGUGGAGGGCAUAGCUUUGUUGACGAGUUAUAAGUACGCAAUUUUGAAUUUUGGACCGAUUCACGUGACGAGGAGAGGCGUGACGAUUGCGACGAACGCGGCGUGCGUGACAUUUACGGCGUUGCAGUCGGCGCACAUGGCGUUGUGCACUACGACGCCGGAAUCGUUGGCGUUUGCCAUGCGCUGGUACUUGACGCCGUUGAAGAAGGUAUUUAAAGUUGAAACGGACGAGAUUGUGUUCACGCUGUUGUUGGCUUUAAGAUUUACAUCGAUCGUGUUCGAGGAGACGAGGAAUUUAAGCUUAGGGUUAGCUUCUAGAGGUUUAGAUUGGAAGAAUUUAGGAUUUCGAGGGUCCAUCGACGUGUUCAUGCAAUUGUUGGCGAGAUUGAUGGAUUCGUUGUUUGCAAACGCAAAGGCGAUUUCAGAGGCGGCGGAAUCGAGAGGAUAUAAUAGUAAUAGCGACGACGACGAUGAUAACGAUUUUUUCGAUAACGAACGAGGUUACGGGACGCAAGAUAACUCCAAAUCGUACUUGAGGAUUGAGAAUUACGUGGGCACGUUUUUGUUGUGCGCGUUUGUGUUGCACUUUUCUGAUUUUCACGUCGCGAAGAUGUUUUCGAACGCGUAA